CAACCCUACUUCCCUUCAGUGCUAUUUUUAUAGGAACCACUAUCUCUUUCCAACAAAUCCACGAAGUCUUCUCAGAAGAUAACUAUAUCCGAAGAUAAUACCUCUCCGCCUAUACAGGCCUCUAAUGCCAUUCUUCAUCUUUACCAACCUUGUAAGGUCCAUUAUUUCACUAACACUACAAAAUUGAUCAACCCUUACACAACUUGUGAUACACAUGGAUGCGGUACUCUUUAUAAUUCCAAAAAAGCAAUUAAAUGCCAAAAAGACGUUGAGCCUGUGGGACUCACCACCACACAAAAAUCAAUCAAUAUCAUUUUUUUGGUGUUAACCAUAUAGUGCAAGGUCCCAAUUCUAACUCGCAAAAUUACAAUUCCUGGUACACCAAUUGAAUAUGAAAAUCUUUAUAAAAAUUGCUGGAAUAAAGA